AAAAAGUACAAAUGUCAUUUUGAAAUAGUGUUCUGUAUCUUAGUCAUCUACCUCUGUCUGUUUUCCAAGUGCAUUUGGUUGCUUUUGUGUGGUGAUGGAGAACACUAACAAUGCUCAUACCCUGCUAUGGUGCUGGUACACCUUAUGUGAGCAAGACAGACCAGACCGCUUUGUGUCUGCUGUGGCUAGAGCCCUUCCCACAGGCUGCCGGCAUUGCUUCUCUGGCUCCCACUUGGACUGCCUAGAGUGUACCACCGCUUCUGGGGCAGCUUCUGUGUGUUCUUUCCUUUAGAAAGUAAAACCCUGGGGUUUGUUUGGGUCUCUCACUUGUAGGGCGCAUUCAUUCUAAAUCGGAUUCAUUUUACAUCUAGAUAGCAUUUUAUUUUGCAAAGAGCCACGUUGGAAAGCAAGCCCAGAGGCUUCAAACCAGCAUCUUUGCUAACAAAGUAGAGUUCUAAGACUAGGAACACAUAUUACCAGAGAAUCACUUUGCAAAACACAUGUUUAAAUUACAAUUCCUAUUCUUCACAAUCAUAAAUAUACUUUAUAGCACCCUAGUUACAGUAUAGAACCAAAUAGCAACUAGCUGCACAUGCUAAUAAAAACAUGUGGGUUGGUCUCACUGAAAACUUGAAAGAAUAAACCUAUCUUUACAAGGUAGCAAACCAUAUAAUUUGCUCUAAAUCAAGGAAGAGCCUAAUGAAGAAAGGCAUUAGUAUGUGUUUAGCAAAGGUAUAUGUACUGCCUUAGUAGAUAAGGCUGGAUUUUAAAUUGACACUUAAAAACUACAGAUUCCCCAAAAGGCUUUGGUGUUUUUGUUUGUUUUGUUUUGAUGUUGUUCUGUUCAAGUCUAGUACCCUGAACCUUGAGUGCAAAGUAAUUGUGUGUGUGUCUGUCUGUCUGACUCAGCUUUGAGGUGGCUGCACUUCUUCCCUUUAAAAUUUUUCUUUUAUCUUUACUGUCUUUGUUUCCUUUGCUCUGUUACAACUUCGAACUAACAAGAACACUUUCUGUUCCUUCCUAUAUUUAAUUUAGAUAACAGCCCUUAAGAAACAUGAUACCACAAUUGUGUGUUUUUAUUACUGGAUGGGGUUUUGGGUUGGGUGGUGGUGGUGGGUAGAUACGAUUUGUGUGGAAGCCCUUACCUCCCACUCUAGAUGAGACAGUUGCUACUUUGCUGCACAAUUGGCUGUUGUCAUUUUACCAGGGACCUUUCACUCUGAUCUCUCCUUCCCUCCCCACCAGGAAAGAAUACCAUACUUAAGUCACACUGCCUCCAAGACCUCUGGUGCUCUGACAGUCUUCCUUAGCACAGCUCUGCCAGACCCAAUCCCUUUUGUUAAACCUUCCCUUGAUGAUCACAUGGGGCAGCAGGGAUUACAGGUGCCAAGAGUGAAAACUAGGAGGGGAAGGAGUUUGGGGGCUUGGGGGUGGGGCGUGGGGCUGCUGAGCUAGUGAUUUUUUUAUCAGAAGGGGUGGGGUGGGGGCUGGUGAGGUCUCUGUUGGGAAGAGUAUGGGGUAGGGGAAGGGAAACUGUUGUAAGUGUCUUAUGAAUCUAGUUAAAAAUUGCUUUCCUGUUGGGGACCAGUGUUGGAAGCAUUCCCCCUAGAAUAGUCCUACUUCUAGGUUUUAUCUCUAAUUGGAGUCUAUAAGUUAAAAAUAAGUACAGUGGAGCUUCCUAUAUUCUGUUGAUAAUAUAUAAUAUAAAAUAAUAUAUAAUAAUAUAUAAUAACAUGGUAAAGAACCGAGAUUUAUAUUCCUAGACGUUUGGGGUGGGGGUUGUUUUGCUCAAUUUUGAAGGAAAUAUUUAAGCCAGCCUAAAUAUAAUGACAGGAUUAAGUUUGGCAGGCAACUCUUCGUAUUUUGUAUUAGACUUCAAAAAUCGUUUUUCUUCUUCUUCUUCUUCUUCUUGUUUUUUUGUUUUGUUUUUGUUUUGUUUUUUUAAUCCAGGAGAAUGCUUUAUUUCAACUUUUAGCUGACUAGAUGCUUAACUUAGUAACAAGUUUAGCCCUUGUAACUGGCUAGCUAAAAGCAAAUCGGCUUGUUUCUCAGAUCUAUGGGGGAUAGCAAGAAACAUUUGAGUGAAUGUUGUUGAAGAUUUUCAGUAGUAUAGAAAAUGAUGGCGCUCUUGUGAUAUUUGUAAGUACAAGCAAGGAUUUGGCACAGACAUCCUAUUUCAUGGCUACCAACAGUUUGCAUCUUACGACCUUCUGUCUCCAGUACAAACCCACAGUGAUAGCAUGUGUAUGCAUUCAUUUGGCUUGCAAAUGGUCCAAUUGGGAGAUUCCUGUGUCAACGGAUGGAAAGCACUGGUGGGAGUAUGUGGACCCUACAGUUACCCUAGAGCUGCUAGAUGAGCUAACACAUGAGUUUCUACAAAUAUUGGAGAAAACGCCUAGUAGGUUGAAGAGGAUUCGAAACUGGAGGGCUAUGGCUAAGAAACCAAAAGUAGAUGGACAAGUAUCAGAGACACCACUGCUUGGUUCUUCUUUGGUCCAGAAUUCCAUUUUAGUAGAUAGUGUCACUGGUGUACCUGCCAACCCAAGCUUUCAGAAACCAUCAACAUCAACGUUCCCUGCUCCAGUACCUCUAAAUUCAGGAAAUACUUCUGUUCAAGAUAGCCGUGCAUCUGAUAAUGUAUCAGUGCUCGCAGGGAUGCCCAGUACCUCAUACAGUUUGUCAUCACACCAAGAGUGGCCUCACCAUCCAGAUUCAGCCAGGACAGACCCAGUAUACACACAGAAGCAGGAGGCCACUCUCUCUGGGAGCCAGUACCUAAGCUUCCAGCAGGGACCUUCAAUGGCACUGCAUUCCGGAUUACAUCACAGGCCGGACAAAGUUGCUGAUCAUUCGUCAGCUAAGCAAGAAUAUACUCAAAAAGGUGGGAGCAGCAAACACCAUGGCCCCAUACCUGCUACUCCUGGAGUGGUUCCUCAGAAAAUGUCUUUAGAUAAGUACAGAGAGAAGCGGAAGCUGGAAACCCUUGACCUGGACUCGAGGGAUCACUAUAUGGCUGCCCAUGCAGAGCAGCAGCACAAACAUGGGCCAGCUCAGGCAGUCGCAGGCACUUCUGUCACUUCUCCCAUCAAAAUGAAGCUUCCCCUCACCAACUCCGACAAGCCUGAGAAACACUUGGCAGAGAAAAGGGAGAGGAGUGGAUCACUGAAGCUGCGGAUCCCCAUCCCGCCGCCUGAUAAAGGUCCCAGCAAGGAGGAGCUGAAGAUGAAAAUCAAAGUGUCGUCCUCUGAGAGACACAGCUCUUCUGAUGAGGGCAGUGGGAAGAGCAAGCACUCGAGCCCACACAUCAGCAGAGACCACAAGGAAAAGCACAAGGAGCACCCGGCCAACCGCCACCACAGCAGCCACAAGCAUUUGCACAUGCACAGCAGCGGAGGCGGCAAGCACGCUGACGGCAUGCCGCCCACUGUGCUGAGGAGUCCUGUGGGCCUGGGCCCUGAAGGCACCUCCUCCGGCCCCAGUGCAAGGAAGAAGCUGCAUAUCAACGAUGCCUCCCACAACCACCACUCCAAAAUGAGCAAAAGUUCCAAAAGUUCAGGUAGUUCAUCUAGUUCUUCCUCUGUUAAGCAGUAUCUAUCCUCUCACAGCUCUGUUUUUAACCAUCCCUUACCCCCUCCUCCCCCUGUCACAUACCAGGUGGGCUACGGACAUCUCAGCACCCUCGUGAAACUGGACAAGAAACCAGUGGAGCCCCACGGUCCUGAGGCCAAUCACGAGUACAGUACAAGCAGCCAGCAUAUGGACUACAAAGACACAUUCGACAUGCUGGACUCGCUGCUAAGUGCCCAAGGAAUGAAUAUGUAACCCUUUGUUUAGGUCAACUUUUCCUUUCCUUUUUAAUUUAAAAAUGGUUGGAAUGGAAAAUGCCCUCCUGGUCCAGCGGUGGUGCCACUGCUUCCGUAUUUGUAAGUGCUGCUUUGUUCUUCAUUCUGAAAGAAGAGAUGAUAGUAAACAAGCCUAUCUCCACAUACAUAGUGUUACCAGGACUGUAAGCGCAUGGAAGACGCAGCUGAGAACAUUAGGAUGAAUGGCUGGCUGCUGCUAGGAACCCAAGCUGCCUCAAGCCUCUGUUAUUUAUGAUUCGAGUAUCGUAGCUGGUUUUUUGUUGUUGCUUGGCUUUGAAUGAGUGUCAAUUGUUUUCUUUUGUGUAUUUAUACUUGUAUGUAUGGUUUGCAUGUCUCAGUGAUAAAGGGAUAACAGUACACUGACAACUGUUUACAAGAAAGUGGAGAAAAAUGUACAUACAUUUUUGUAUGUUUAGAUAUUACCAUAAAUACUCAGGAUCGGAGCUGCUUGUAAGUAUAACAAUAGACAGAAUAACUUUAUUUUCUCUCGUCAGAGUCCAUCACUAAUCUAAAACACAAGUGGCACUUUUUUAUGUUAACCUUAAACUCUAGGCCUUACUGAAAGCCGCUGAGGGGACACUUCACUACUAGACGGGAAUGUGGUGCCACGGGUGGUCCUUAACACUGGGAAGCACUCAGUUUGCCCUCAGAGAUUCUGACCAGAGUGGCUGCAGAAUCAGCCACUGAUUUCUGAAGGCUUGAAGAGGAAAAAAAAAAAUAAAGUUUACAUACUCUUGAUGUGAAGUGCAUUUAAAUGUUUGCUGGCUUGUUGCAGUGCUGUAGAAAAGCAGCUACUAAUGUGUGUGAGGAUGGCUGACUUCACUCACAGCCGCCCCCAGUGAAGGUCAGUCCAUUUCUGCAAGAACUGACACUACAGGUUCUGAGUGAACAGGGGUCACGUUUCCUUUAGCAUUUGCAGUGACACCAUAGUCUUGAAUAUAUAUUACUCUUCCCCUGGGGAGAGAGAGUAUGAGAGAGUGUGAGUGUGAGUGUGUGUGUGUGUGUGUGUGUGUGUGUGUGUGUGUGUGUGUGUGUGUGUCUGUGAGAGAGAGAGAGAAAGAUACCAUAUUUCUUUUUCAGGUAAAUGCAGUCUUCCUUAUAAAAAUGAAAUUAAACCUAUGCUCUCUUGAUUCUUUUAUAUUCUAACAAUAAAUAAAAAAGAAAAGAUUGCUGACUGUGCAUUGUACCUGUAUUUAUAGCUUAUGGUCAUUAUCAGGAAAAUGUAAGGAAAAAGGCCAACCUCCGGCAAGCCACUGCUGGGGGUUUUACAUUGGUUUGCACGUCUUAGUAGGUUCUCAUUGAGGUAAUGCUUGCACUGUCACCUGACGCCUGGUCAGGAGAUAGACUGACUGACUUGUCUAAAUUUUGGUGUAAGCACCAAUAGUCUGGCUCUUGUCUCUUGCCUAAUCUUGAAUUUAUUUCUGUGGUAAGUCUUCGCUGUUGAGUCUCUUAAGAUGGGUCGGAUUCAACUUGUAUUGAAUCACAAGUUUUCCUUUGUAUAUGAAAUGUUUUGUUAUAAAGCCACUGAUCCGUGCACAAUUGUAAUUUUAUUCAAGUAUGUUGUGGUUGUAAAUAUUAGAGUUGAGCCUUGUACUCUACUUUUAUUUACCAGUUAUCUAAUUUGCCAGUAGCUAUUUGUUUGUUUGUUUGUUUGUUUUUUUAAAGAAAAUUGUUGAUUAUUUUGUCAAUGUUAUUUGAACCUGGGAUGUCAGGAGCUUCUUUGUGGAAACUCAGCCAAGCAGGCUAGUGUCACUCUGUUCUUGUCUUGCAUUGGUAAUCUUUGUCACUCUGAUUUUUGUUGCUAUGUGGUAUACAUUGUAUCAUAAACAUGAUUUUGAUACAGUUUGGUUUUACCGUGGUACAAUUCCAAGAACUAGCAUAGAAUUUAAACAGAGUACAAGGUGAGGGAGGGAAGGGUUUUGUUCUUGGUGAUUUAGAUGUGAAACCUCAACAGAGCAUCAUGUGAACUGACACGAGGUGUUGUGCUACUGUAUCAUUGGGAGUGAUGCCAGGAAUUCUAAUCCGCCUUUGUAAAGAGUAUCCAGAGAAGUAGUGAACUUACUUUCAGUAUGACAUAGAAAACAAUGUGAAUAUUUAAGGUCUGGGGCUCUAGUUAAACUUCACUAAGGGUUUUUCAGAAAUGUGUUGUUUUUCGUUUGUUUUUUUGUUGUUUUGGUUUUUUUAGCUAUGGGAAUAAAGGUAAUUUUGUUGAAUCUUUAUUGGUGCUAAUGAUGGACAGUUAAACAGAUAGUGUAUAUGCCGUGGAUCAGUACACCUAGUACUUCCAGAACGGACUCUGAAAUGCUGUGUGUUCACUUUCACUCUGUAAAUGUAAUUCUUUACAAUGACUAUUUAUUAAAGGGCAGUCAGUUGUGAUUUUUACAGGAUUGUGUGAACUGUUCAAACUCUUCAACCUCAGAACAAGAUGCUAAAACCACAAUGGGGGGUAAUUUGUGACUCCUUGUUUCCUUUCCACUAAGGAAAACCCUCAUAAUUCAUAUCACCAUGAAUUUGCUUGAAAGAUCUUGUUUGCAUAACAUAGUUCUUUGCAUGGUCCCAUUAGACUCUACCAAAGAAAAAAGACUCAAUAAAUGGACAUUCUAUUGCGAGUCUUGUAAGUAGCCAUAAAUAACCAAAAUAGUAUCGAACUUAGAUGUGAAAUUUCACAUGUGCAUAGUACUGUUAAGGUGAUACAUUUUUGAUGAGUUUUUAAUACUUGAAAAUAAUUAAAAAGCAUUAUCUUUACAUCAUCCCAUAACAGAGUGAUUCAUUCUUAGGGUGUGUUUCCCUAGGUUUUCAACCUUUUUGCAAAAGCACAUUGUAAUCAGAGGCUUCCUGUCUACCUCUCUCAGCUAAUUUUCUAAAAUCAAAAUGAGCUUCCUAAAUAUUUGCCUUAGCUACUAACACAAGCUGUCUUCAGAACCAAAGCCAAGGAGUGUUUCUUUGUGGGAGCCCUCUUGGAGGCCUGCAUCACAAACUCGGUGCCAGUGCCCACUGGUAGAGAAGGCCCCACAUGUCCUCUAGUAGCAGGUAGCGGUAAAGGCACCAGUGCCAGUCGUGGAUACACUUUAAAGCGGUGGAUACUGGUGUUAGAGUCUUCAGCUUUAAAGAUGCCUUCCAUGGUAUUAGGUGUUGUUUUGUUAGGAACGUCAUGAGUACACACUUCGUGCCAAUAGUGAUUAUACAGAACUCCCAAACAUUUGGACCAAUCCGUUCCCUUUGAAGUAAAAAAUUGAACAGGCUAGGAUUUGCUUUAGAGAACCAGUUUAAAAAGUUUGAUUAGUUACCAAAUACCUUGCCUUAAGAUGUCUCAAGUAUAUUUUCUUAGAAUUUAAAUUCUAAUUGUAUUCCUUAGCCAGCCUGAGGAAUAAGCCGCUGCCUCUAUGACGCAUGGGUGGAGCAUGAUUUGUUGGUUAGAGGACAAAGACUCCUGCAUUAUGGAGAUGGCUCAUUUAGAUGACAUCUCAGAAAGAGAAGAGUCUCUGGGAUCUUUGGGAUGAGACUCCGUCUUGCUCUAUAACAAGGUAAAGGGCUGACUUUAAAUCUCUCCUGCCUCCACCCAUGCCUGGAUCAGUGAUUCUUAACUUACACUCAACCUUAUAUAAGCGAAAUAGUAAUUCAAACUUAAGACCUAAUUUGCCUGAAGAUUCUGAGGAUUUUUUUUUUUCCUGAGAAAAAUCUGGAAGCUCUUAGUAGCUAAGGACCUUUGACUUCGUAUCUCUAGAUUCAGCAGUUCCCCCCUCAGGAGCCUUUCCUGGGAGGCAGUAGGAUCCACUCACAUUUCCACAGGGGAAGAGUGAGCAGAGCCCCACAUAGGAGACCAGGAGUUGAUGGAAUUGGGCUUAAUUCUGUGCCUUUUGUUUUAAGGUAGGCAGAGUGCAUUCCUGUUUUUCCUCAGUACUUGUUGAGACCAAGGGUGUGUAUGCACAGCUGUAGUACAAGCCAACAGAUGGUUGGAGGGCAACUUUGACCAGGACAGAAGCCAAGUCCUGCUCACUGGAAACUUAGUCUGUGAUCUUGGUACUACAAGCUCUAAGUAUGUUUCAUUAUUUCAGUUUUUGAAUUGUGCCCAGCCAGCACUCUUUGCUUUGUGAGUCCCUUUUUCUGGUUUAUAAUUCACCAUUGAUCCUGCCUGGCAUAUUUCUUGAGGUAUGCUUCAUGGGCGGGAGCAGUUCUGUCUGUAUAAAGCUGACUUCACUGCAAUUCAGUAAUGUCAAGUCAAUCCUGUGGACUCUGUGGUUUCUUUUGUUUCCAAGUUGGGAGAGGAAGCCUCACUUAGCCUCCAGCCAACGAGUUGAGUUAGUAGUGUGUAACUUGCUCCACCUGGUAGUAAGUAGCUCUCUUGAUUAGGAAAACGUCCCUGGAGUACCAUUUUGUUGUGAACGGUGGAAUUUGAACAUUCAAAACCCUUGUGGAUAAUUGAAUGAAACAAGAAAAUGUGUAUAUUGGCAUGAACUAGCCUAUGAAUUUCAUCUCAUUACAUAAGGAAUUAUUAAUAAAGUUUGUUUAUUGACCAAA